AUGGCAGCUCUGGGAGUUGGCUCCGGCCAGCUCCUGCGACGACAUGCCCUGGCCAACAUUCGCCGACGAUGCUCCAGCUGCGCAGACCAGCGUGUGACAACCCCCCUGCUGAGCUUCCGAUACCCUCUCCAAACGCCAAUUGCUGCUCGGCACUUCUCGUCGCGGUAUGCCAGACGCCCCGGGUUCUCUCAGCGCCUGGGCGAGGCCCUGCGGAACAGCAAGAUAACUUGGUACCACAUCCCUGUCGGCGUGGGCAUCGGUUUUCUCGGCCUGGUGCAAUUCUACAAAGUCACUGCGAGAGAGCAGGAGAAGCGACGGCAGGAAGACGCUGGUGUCUCGAGCGAGCAGCCAAAAAGGCGCCAGAGGAUUCGACCCGAUGGGCCAUGGCAAGUUCAAGUAAUGUCAACUUUGCCCCUGAAGGCCAUCUCGCGGAUUUGGGGGAAAUUCAACGAACUGACAAUCCCGUACUACCUGCGUGUGCCUGGAUUCAAGCUCUACUCUUUUAUAUUCGGUGUCAACCCAAAAAGCCUUGACGAAGUAUCCGAACCCGACCUACACGUCUACCCAAACCUGGCUGCAUUCUUCUACCGCACACUCAAGCCUGGCGCAAGACCUCUCGAUCCCGACAGCCACGCCCUGCUCUCCCCGUCGGACGGUAAAAUCCUGCAGUAUGGACGAAUUGAGGGCGGAGAUAUCGAGCAGGUCAAGGGAAUGACGUAUAGCGUCGAUGCAUUGCUGGGCAAAAACACACCCACGGCCAGCAUCGCCUCUGGCCAAAGCUCCGCAUCUGUUCGAAGUGGUGGCAGCGUGUCCCACGGAGAUGAGGAAGUGGUCAGGCAGGAGGAAGAAUUCGCCAAGAUGAAUGGCAUUUCCUACACCCUCCCUGAUCUGCUAUCCGGCCAGGCCGAUGCUCAAAAGCCUCACCCGACAACCGAUGAGUCGACCGAAGUCUCUGCCGGGGCCGUAUCCGAGGUUCGGGCCGAGCUAGCCCUUGGGGAAAAGCCCUGGUAUGACAUCGUCUCCGCGGACAAGAGCACAUCACUCUACUACGCCGUCAUCUAUCUAGCUCCCGGUGACUAUCACAGAUUCCACUCGCCUACAAACUGGGUCGUCGAGCGACGGCGCCACUUUGCCGGAGAGCUGUACAGUGUUUCGCCAUACCUGCAGCGAACCCUUCCCGGUCUGUUUACCCUGAACGAGCGCGUGGUGCUUCUGGGCCGCUGGCGCUACGGCUUCUUCAGCUACGUGCCUGUCGGGGCGACAAAUGUUGGCUCCAUCAAGAUCAACUUUGACCGCGAGCUGCGAACAAACAGCUUGUUGACGGACACGGCUGCCGAUCAUGCCGCAGAGGAAGCGGCCAAACACGGCGAGCCGUACAUGGGCUUUGCCGAGGCCACGUACGAGGGGGCCAGCUCGGUUCUUCAUGGCCACGCCCUCCGUCGAGGCGAGGAGAUGGGUGGAUUCCAGCUGGGCAGCACCAUCGUCUUGGUAUUCGAGGCGCCUUCUGAAAAGGAGGAGGAGGGGGGAAAGCCCAUUAGCGGAUGGCACUGGGCAGUGGAGAAAGGACAGACGAUCAAGAUGGGACAAGCCCUUGGACGAAUCGUGGAGGACUAA